CUGACUGUGCACAUGAAGGGGCUAUGAGAACGUGAAUACACCAUUCGGCUACUUCUGUGGACGGAGAACAGCGGUAGCGUUUCGAGUCCGAUGUGACUUUUCUUCAGAACUCAGGAACUUCCUAAACACUGACUUCUGACUCGAAACGUUAGCUCUGUUCCUGCAUCCACAGACGCUGCCGGAGCUCAGAGGAAGGGUCGCUCGACCUGAAACCUUAGCCCUGACUUCUCUCCACACGGAUGCUGCCAGACCCGCUGAGCUUUUCCAGCAAUCUCCGUUCCACGUCGCUGCUGUUUGUUUUUUAACUUCAGGUUUCCAGCAUCCGCAGUAUUUUCACUUUGAUUUGAUAAAAUGAAAUCGGAAACCCGCUUCAAUCGAGCAUUGUUGUGUGAUAUUAGACGGGACCCAAGAAUAAAAACCACAUGACAGUGCACAUCGAACUCUCUCGCUGCUCCUCCUCCUCGCCGCCGGUAAGGAGCGGUCUGCGCAUGCGCUCAUCCUCUAAAGAUGGCAGCCCCCGUGGAUCUGGAGUUGAAGAAGGCUUUUGCUGAAUUGCAGUCCAAGGUACUUGAUACACAACAGAAAGUGAAACUUGCAGAUUUGCAGAUUGAGCAAUUAAAUAGGACCAAGAAACAUGCACAUUUAACAGAUGGAGAGAUAUCGACAAUGCCAGAAGAAGCACGCAUGUAUGAAGGUGUUGGUAGAAUGUUUAUUCUUCAGCCAAAAGUUGUAAUUCACAAUCAGCUCCUUGAAAAACAGAAAAUAGCAGAUGAAAAGAUCAAAGAACUUGAGCAACGAAAAUCCUACUUGGAACGCAGCGUAAAAGAUGCAGAAGACAACAUCAGGGAAAUGUUAAUGGCCAGAAGAGGACAAUAACAGAUUAGACUACUGGAAAUUCGGUUUCAAACUUAUACAGAAGCCACUCUUAUAUUGGUGCUUAUUAGGCUGGAUUCUCGGAGACUGGUGUCCAUGAGCCAGCUCCCACCAUUGACUCAAAGUGCAUCACCCUUCUUCAGCGACAGUUUUUUUUUUGACCCAGUAUUUUUUUAAUGUGUCUAUGCUGCCAGGUGAAAGGAAUUGGACUGGGUUGUAUGACAGAUGGGAAUUGACUCAUAAGUAGCAAUCUUCUAGCAUCCAACUAAAAUAUAGGUUAAUCUAACAGCAACUAAAAUAAUACAACCUACAUGUAGAAAUGAUCAUUUUGCUUCCAAGAGCGCACAAUUCCUGUGACCUGUGUAGUAUUGUGACCGCCUUGAUCUCCAAAUUCAGCUGCAUUUUUAUUACCAAAUUUCCUUCAUUUAGUUAUUCAUUAUCUUUAUCAAAUCGAUGUAAGCAGCUUCACUUUAUUUUAUGGGAGUUAUAUCAGCACUGGAUUUUUGGCAGCCUAAAUUGUUCAGAAAGCAGACCUGUAUUUCCUGGUUUCCUAAAGUAUGUACAAUAAACAAACUGAUAUUGAGGCAGGUUUAUAAUACAUCAUCACUGCUUCCUUAAUUCUAGCAUCUGUUUUCAAGUUGGAAUAUAAGAUUAUAUAAAUGUGCAUUUGUGAAUAUGAGGUGUGCUCUGACACAAACUCAUUAUUUGUUUUGCAUAUUGAGAAGAAUCUGGUAAGAUCAAAAUAAAACGUCAUAAUAUAAA